GCCGUAGAUCCAAUCCGAGUCGAGUAACAUCAUCGUCAUCAGAUACCUGCGCGUCAGGCGCGUCAGAGAAGAAGGCACGUGAGCCAGGGGCUUUGUUGUCUCCAACGAGCUAAGUCUAAGAUGGCGUCGCCAUUCCGUAUCGCUGAUCAUGCUUUUCCACGCCCAAGAAUAUGCUGAAGUUAGAAAACCACGACUGUGCAACGGGACGCCGAAGGCGCAGGGUGUCGUCUCGAGCCAAGGCUAUUUUCCUGCGCAGGAGCGCGGCAUGCCUGCUAUCUUCAUGGGAACUACUCGCGGGUGUGUCCUACAACACUGCUGGGCGACGGCGAGAUGCAGCUACUCGUGGGAAAAAUACUGCGACCAAAGUGCCAGUAGUACAGCAUGUAGUUGUAGCUGAUAGGGACAGACUAGGCCUCGAUGAACAGGGAGAAAUUUUGGAUGAUGAUAGUGGAGCAGAAGCGCCUGCAGUUCGAGAGUUACACACUGCCGGGGAGGAUGGAGGAGGUGCCGUGGAGUAUAAGAGAGGAAAAUUAGGAAACGACGAUGCCGCUGAACGAGGAGGUGACAUCAAAGUUGUACAACAGCCUGGUGUAUCUAGCAGGAGCCUGGCGCAAUCAAGGAGUGCACGGCAAGGAGAUGUUUGGAAAGCAAACAGAGAUCGUGAUCUACACAAAGACGACCAAGAAAGUAUCGUGGUAUCACCUCUCGGAGACCCGUCAUCCUUUUCCGAGAAGUUUUCUCCUAGAAGUGCCCAUAGCACCAGUUCUUCAUCGUCAUUUUCAAGAGCAGCCUGGCAAAAGAAAGCAUCCUGGGACUUGUGCAUGACUUCUGAAGCGCCCUUUUGUUAUUCUGCGGCAUUUCAUGCUGUUGAACAACAGGCGUUGGCAACAGGGAGCACGCGCCAUGCCGCACCAAGUGUGUGGGCGGGAGUUGCUUCUGACGCGGCGUCGCAUCCCAAUGGGAUGCAAGUGAAUUGCCAUGGAAGUUUGCCAGUGGAUUCGGGGAUAACGGGGGUUGCAGUUAUGGUGAAGAAAGUAAGUCCAAGUCGUGAACGUGAAUUAGAGAGCAGGUGUAACUGCUCACUGUAUCGCGUAACGCGUGGUCGUGGACCGCUCUCUCCCUAAUUAAAACGGUAGUGGAGCGGAUCCCUCAGUCGUUCCGGCUGAGACAUUGAAAGUGAUUGAGUCACCUCGCGAAUGUCUUGCGGCAGUGGUUCAUCUCUGUCGCAAUGGAGUAGACAGAUUGUGUGACACGAGUGGUGCUCCUUUGACAGCCGUCGUCGAGGACGAUACAUGCAUUCCUGAGCCGGGUCCCGCUGCGGGUAAUGGGACCAUACAGUUAUGUCUAUGUGGAUGAGGAUACAGUUUUUUUUCAAAAUCGCGAAGCGAGUAUCAAUAAGUUUAGCUUUCCACUUUUCCUUUCUUCUUGUUCUUCCACAAAUAGAAAACUUCGGAACUGAAUUGCCUGCUUAGAAGGAAGUAGAUAGAGCAACAAAGUCGAAGAAGCUCGUCUUCACCCUGGCACUCUCAUACUAUUGCGCUCCAGGAGGGCAGGCAAGUAUAGAAGAUCAGCAGAGGCUGCAGACCUUCUACCCAAUUGGAUGCAGUGUCAUCGCAAGCGCAACGAGUAGACUUGCUGUCUUCUAUCGGCCUCAAAAAGUAGGGACCAAUAGCAUGCCUGCCUUCAUCCCAGACGAAACGAGAACACAAAAUACGGCUGUUUGUUCCGUGCGACGUAGUUCAUCGGCAGUUUCACUCGUACCAGAAUCAAACACAACCGCAUACAAUGUGCCGUUUGAUUUGGCAGCUUCGGAUCCACAUAUGAAAGACAUCAGAAUAGACCCUAGCCACGGUCCUGGAGGUAAUGCUGCAGUGCUGAAUGGCGAUACUGCGGAUCCGAUCGCGGGAGGAACGGUGAAGGAAAGAUUAAGGCUUGAAGUCUGGAGGUAGUUUUUCACUUGUCGUCACUGGUCAGUAUGUGCUAUCAAUUACAUACUUGUUGUUGAAGAUACGUCAAGUAGACCAGCUGGUCGUGCAGGCUGCGACAAGAAGCCAAUAUUACUUGAUUCAUCGUAUCCUACAACUAGGGAGGACCCUCGUGCCCACAAGCAGAUAUCCUUGUCCUCCUCACCAGCUAGAACAUAUUUUAGAGGACAGUGAAAAACUCCUGCUCCUUUGCAUCUUCACUCUCCUUCUAAGAAAAGGUGGCGGUUUGAGGAUAGUCGUACAUGACGAGAUGGAUGCUUCUGCAUGUAGACGAACAGUGCGAAAUACGGUUACUUCCACAAGUGUUUCGGAUGCCACGAUACUAGUAGAAGAUGGAAUAUCAAGCGGAGCUUCAAGAACUCAGGACGAUCUCUUAAGGGUAGGUUAAGGUGCUUUUGUUACCGUUUGGUGCUAUGGCUCUCCUAGUCCUAAGGGGGAGAGCCAUAAUGAACGGGAGAGACGAUGAACACCAAGAGCCUACCUCCUCUAGUCUAAAUCUAGUCCGGUUUGCGCAAUUAGUUAAAGUCAAGUUGAGAAAAAAAGAUGACAACGCGGUCACAGAGCAUCAUUUGUGUUUUACGCAUGAAGAUUUCUUUCCCGGAAGUCGAGUAGCCAUUAAUACGACAGCUAUUGGGGCAGCGGCGCUAGAGGCCUUGGAGGAAAAUAAGGGUGGCUUGAAAUCAGCGUCAUCUGCGUCAUCCAGUUUAGAAGUCGCUGCGGCGGUGUCUUUUUUGGACCUCGAAGGAGGAGGUGCUGAAAAGCAAGGAGAGGAUCAAGUUCGAGAUGCGGGCGAGCGAGAAGCAGCGACUGCGGACAAAAGUAAAAAAGAGGAGAGAAGUUCCUCCAAGAUGAGAAGUUCCUUGGUUGAAGUUUCGCACAUCGCGAGUGCCACUUCGACCGACGGUUCAAUCUCAAGUAACGAUUCCUCAAACUCGUCCAGCAACAACUCGUCACCAGGUGGAACGACUCCCACUCCAGCAGCUGCAUCGACAGGGGCACCAACCACUCCUCCACCUCCAAGUGGAACAGGCUACGAAGUGAAGAGUGUCGAAGUAUUGCAUGCUUGGGGCGACUAUGGUUUUAGAGAGGUAGGAUGUGGAUUGCAUUGGCAUAGAAAUCGGAAACCAAGCUUUGCUGAUCACACGAUUUCGCCGACUUCAUCAGAGACUCUCUUUAUGGCCAUGCUUGUUGUAGGAAGACGUACUGCAGAAGCUAAGUAGCAAAAACAAAAAGUUGUAGGCUUUUAUUAUUGUACUUGUAGUUGAAAUGCCUUGGUGCCCAUGUCCAAAAAUACAUUGCCUUUAUCUCAUUAGACUCUAAGGUGCUUAUUCGCCCACAUAACCCUCUUUCAUACUCGAUGAGAAAGCGUGGUCUCGAUUUUAUUGGCAUUAUGAGGAUAGGAGCGACUGUGCCGCGAAAUGCGUGCAAAGGUGGAAAGAAGAAGGGCACCAUGUCUCAGGAAAGAGAAGAACAUGGCAAGCUUGCACAUAUCAUGUGGGGUGGUACAACUGAUUUUCACGUGCUGCAGAUUUUCUUUUUGACAUUCGAUCUCAAUGCAUAGAUUGUUUGUUAGUUUCUUGUUGUCUUGGAAUCCCAGAGUGCAGGAUUUCUUCCAUUGCUCGUACUUCUUCUCCCCUGUUCACAGGACAACCCCUGUUCACCCACAGGACAACCCCUGUUCACCCACAGGACAACCCCUUCUGCUUCCGGAGUAUCUGAUUACAUUUCGAAGUGCGAGUUACACCAAGGCUCCGAUUCACAGCCAGCGUCGACGAAUAAACAGGUGACCUUCUUCGCUUUCCUUCCUAUGUCCGAACCGCCGCACGAUAUGCGCGGACGGGACCUGUACGAGUCUACACCUACGCGACCAGACACAAAUUGCGGCUUUCGAGUGCAGGCUAUUGGCGAGCAAGCCGUUGCGUCGACAGACAUACAUGCUACUGUGACGGCACCAGGCAGCUUUGAACUUUGGAACUAUCAAAGGAAUACGAAAGUCAUAGCGGCUACAACAACAGGAGCAGGAGGAUCAGCAUCCUCUUCUAGUUCUACAAUAUCUUCAAGCUCCUUGGAGGCUCAACAGGCAACAUCUUCUUCUACUAGUGAAUCCACCGCCACUUCAUCUUCAAACCUACCUGUGUUGCGAGUAGCGCAGGUGCCUUUGCUGCCAAGUAUACGAGCAGGUGGGUUUCCAGGGUGCCCGAUAAACUUCGUACUUCCAGCAGAUCGCUUUGACUGUAUCAGUAUCUCAGGAGUGAAAGGCGCACUCUUUGCUGCUCUAAACCCUUCCAGCGCAGCAGCACCGGGAGCAGAUGUCACCGUGAGUGACGGUGCAGAAGGAACGGCUCUAAGUCUCAGCAUCACAAGUGCAAGUGGCGUACCUAUGCGGACUGUUGAGCAAGCGAAACUGUUGAAGGACGUGACGCUUGCGGGGUGCUCAUUGCAGCUAGAGGAGGAAAGCAAGUUUGCGGAUGCUGCGGGAAGGUUACGCCUAUUGCUCCCGUGCACGAGCUUGUACAAGGACUAGGAGUUGUUCAUGAAAACUCGCACUAGUCCUUGUACAACAAGCUAGAAGUGCACGCGACUAGUACGUAGUACUAGCUCUAACUCGCACCGCCUUACCCACCGAGGACAAGUUCCAAUACCGAAAUCCGGUCCAGACUACCGCAGGGGGUGAGGAGAUUGCAAAUUUGGAGAUUGGAGCAAUGAUGAAAAUGCCAGGAAUCGGCGGACCGACGCUUUAUCGCAUUUGCAUCCAGACUUGCGGUAGUGAAUUCUUCAAGGAUCAAGGUGGCCACACGAUUACAGAUGCGCACACGACGGCAAGGAACGAAAAGUGCCAGAAAAGCGAUAUCGCCACAACCGGACGCUUUACAAAAGCCAAGGUGCCAGACACUCCAGGGAACAGCUACGACGAAUGCUGUGUACCAGAAACUGAAUGUUCGAGCAUCUUUUCCGGAGCACACUGCAUUGCUCUCUACAACAACCACAUCGGCUACGUCCCUGUUGCAAAUAAUCAAGAAGAAGCUUGCUCUUUGGCGCCAGAAGUGACCAGGGGAGGCCGUCUACCCUGUAGAGACGAACAUAAGACUCAGUGUUGUCGCGCAAUCACUCUCUGUGUAGAGUUUUUCAACGCGGAGAAAUGCCACACACACUUAGCAGACGCCGCUGUGACAACCUGGGACGACAAGUUGACCUGCACUAAGGAUGGACUCCCAUGUUUGAACGAACAUGCGAAGACUUGCUGUUAUGUUGGUAAUAUAAUUGCAUCUUUUUGCUCUUGUAUGUACGAACGACGAAGUGUGGAGGUGAUGAUUGAGUAUUCCGUUGACACGGCUGGUUCUUACCUUCUUGGGUCACUACUGUAGAACAACCACUUAGAAGCUGUCGGAUUCCUAGGAGUGCUUGAACAUUUUGAUCUGAUCGAUGUACAAUGAAUAAAUAUGAAAACUACAACAUCUCGAGGAGGACCUGCUUGUAUUCACAACUAUCAACAUGAAACCGGUAUGUAACUACAUACCACAUCAAAAUUCUCCCACAUCAAAAAAAAAUCUCCCACAUCAAAAUUCUCCUUCAGACGACAAUUAUCUCGCGGCUCGCGAAGAAGCUAUUAACGGAACAAGAGCGGAGUUGCCAGAUUACGAGGAGACUGGAACAGCGGGAGAAAUUGCCAUGGAAGCGAUGGUGAUUGCUAGUUUAUGGACGAUUGGAGUAAGUAUUGCUAUUGUGUUGAAUCUGGUGAGUAGCGACAAAUCUGAAAACAUGAUGAAGAAAAAUUGAAUUUGAUGUUCUUGAGACAGUUUGGCAUGAUCGUUUAGGCGACCAUGAUCAUGCCUUGCCUGCUCCUGCUCUAAUCUGCGUCCUCGUAGUUUUCGGACUCACAGUCCACCUUGCGUUGCAAUAUCGGUUGCUUUUGGUCGAUAGGGAGAUCCUCGCGAAGUAUGCGGCUGAGGAUAGUGAAUCGGAAGAGGAAUGGGACGAAGAAGAAGAGGAAGAACAGCAAUGGGAAAGAGUCUUCUAGAUGAGGAGAAGGAGAGGAACAAUAUCGGCACUGACUCGGUCUUCUCUUCACUUGGGGGCUGCGCAUCCUUUUCUCCCUGGUUUGGGCGCCUCCCGCUUCCCAGGCAAUUCGCGGCGCUCUUGCCACGGAACUGGGCUUUUGCCCAAAACCGCAAUGGAAAAGAGUCUUCUAGUCUUCUAGAUGAGGAGAAAGAGAGAAAGAACGACCAUAGUGGAAAUAAAGAGUGUUAAUUUUGAAGUAUGUUUACAUUACGUAAAAGAUCAAGACUCAGUAAAUGAUAUAAGUUUUCAGUAACACACUUGUAUGUCAAGGAUUUGGAGUAAGUAUGUUUAUUGCCAAAAUCUACCAGUCCCUUAAUAAAUUGUCACUGCCAUGAAUGGCUUUCUGUUGUUUGCUAUUGCUUUCUAUUAAGAGAUAUGGGGGGAAAUCGAUACUCAUUCUGGAAAACUCCAAGAGAAGCGGGAGUAAAAAAGCAUUUUGCAGCAUGUCGUAGCUAGCACUAGAGCUUCUUGAGAUGAGAACUUCUCGAGGAUUAUAUCAAGAACAGAGCGACA